CGAAACAACGAAAACAAAAAAAUUGUAGACGCUGAUCUGUUCUUCUUGAAUUUUGCAAAUUAAAUUAAAAAUUGAUAGACAACAAAGUUGUUUACAUUUGUUUUAGCUGCAUACAAGUGCCGCGUUCGUUGUACCGCUUGCGUUACGUAUUCAAUCAAAAAUUCAACAUUUAUAUUUAUAAAUAUAUAUUCAACAACCCCAAACUAGACGCCAGUCAGCCAAUUUUAAUGUUUUCUAAAUAAUAUUUUAUUUUCUACGCAAAAGUAAGCAGCAAUAAGCGACAGCCAAAUGGAAACACUUCAUCAAAAGGUUCAGCCAGCGGCGGUGCAGGAAGAGACGCCGUCGCCCCUGCCGCUUCCACCGGAAAUUACGCCUCUUGAGGUGGUACAGGAAUUCGUGGCUGCCGCGAACCGAGGCUCCAUUGUCCAGGAACUUUCUGACGAUUGCGUUCUUAGCUACUUUGGACGCCACAGCCGUGGGGCAACCGUAUCAGCUGGUUUCUUCAGAAUGUUUAUCUCGACACGCUACCAGCACGAAGGCUUUCAGGAGGCGAAUUUCGUCAGUCCCGCCAAGGCGGAUAUCCUAAAGUUGCGCUUCAUGCGGUGCUUCUCCUGGGUGCGUCGACGUAUGGUUGAGGAGCGAAAGGUGAGCAAACAGCCCACCUCUCUGCAUGUGCGCGCGGAGAGCGAUGACGAAGAUGAGCAGCUGCCAAGUCGCUGUAGGGCCCAAUUGGUUACACCUCCACGUCCAGGCAGCCCCGACCUAGAUGAGGUGAAGUUUGUGGAGGCGAACGGUGUACUGCAAAGCCUAAGUACAGAGUUCUUUGACGACGGCUUGGAGUUUGGGAACACCCGUACCUUACAACUUACGCUGGGCUACCGCCAAUUGCCGCUGGCUUUCGGCAACAAACGUCACAUUGACAUCUGCCUGGUCGUCUACGAGAAGUACUCAGUGCCUACGUCAUCUGUUCACCUGCCAAGGCGCGGCAGUGCCGCCCGUUGUAAUCCACCAACAGACGAUGAGGGAGAAGACGAUUCUUGUACUAGACGCGGCGCUCGACGUACUCUGUUCGUAGAGUUUCCCAAUGAGGAAGAGCUAGAAGCUGUACGAGCAGAAAAGCAACGUAAAGAACCUGAACUGCAGCAGGAGCAGCAGCAGGCGCUGGAACACACCCAUGCAAGAGUAGAGGCUAUCACUCAAGAGGAAUCAUCACUUCCCUCCACUCAUGAGGAACCGCCAUCACCUUCCAUUAGCAGCUGCACGCCAAGGAAACGUCAUAUCGUCUCCAGCGGCGGCGAGGUGAAGCCCAAGCGUACGCCCAGGCUUAAUCGACUGCGCUUCUAAAUCAUCAGCACCUAGACACUUAACACAUUUAGUCCCUAGUCUUAUUUCCAAAUCUGUGUAGCUCAAUAUUGUGGGAGGCUUAUUGCUAACGAUAUAAUAUUACCCACGAAGACUGAUUGCACCCGUUUGUGUCCCUCAUUGUGGGAUGCGCUCUCGGGCUAGUAUAACCCGAAUAUGUAUUGACUUUACAUACAUUAUCCUUACUUAUCUGUUUAAUGGUUUAUAAAUUAUCAUUUAAGUUAUUAAUAUUUUAUAUGUAAUUAAGAUAUGUAUUCAUAUUAAAAUUCUUGAUAUAUUGUGUUAUA